AGAAAAAAAAAAAAAAAGCCCAGCUUUGCUUGACUGUGGUAGGGCUCAGGGCUCCCGGCCAUCUGUCCCCGCUCGGGCGGCGGGGAGGGAGCCGGCUGGGGCUGCAGCAGCCCACCCACGGGAGGAAGGGAACGGCGUGGGGCUCGGGGUCCCGCUCGGCAGGUUGAUUAAGUGAAUAGAAAAAAAAAGAAGAAAAAACGAAGCUGCUUCCAAGUAUUGAAGAUACAAGGCCAGGAUGAACACAAAGGACACAAAAGUGACUGAAGGAGGUCUCAAUGUCACGCUUACCAUACGCCUUCUCAUGCAUGGCAAGGAGGUUGGAAGCAUUAUCGGAAAGAAAGGUGAGACAGUUAAGAAGAUGAGGGAGGAGAGUGGUGCUCGAAUCAAUAUUUCAGAAGGCUCCUGUCCAGAGAGAAUUGUGACGAUAACAGGCCCAACAGAUGCAAUUUUUAAAGCUUUUUCUAUGAUUGCACUAAAAUUUGAAGAGGACAUAAACGCUUCAAUGACAAACAGCACGGUGACAAGCAAACCGCCUGUAACGCUGCGGCUCGUCGUCCCGGCAAGUCAGUGUGGAUCCCUUAUAGGAAAAGGAGGUUCCAAAAUCAAAGAAAUCAGGGAGUCCACAGGAGCCCAGGUGCAGGUAGCGGGCGAUAUGCUGCCGAACUCCACGGAGCGCGCCGUGACCAUAUCGGGCACUCCGGACGCCAUCAUCCAGUGCGUGAAACAAAUAUGCGUGGUUAUGCUGGAGUCCCCACCCAAAGGUGCCACCAUCCCCUACCGUCCCAAACCUGCCUCUGCACCUAUCAUUUUUGCAGGUGGCCAGGUAAGAGCAGACACCAUUUUGGCUUCAGCUGGAAACCACACCGUCUUGGCCCAACCUCAGCCAGCGCCUGCGUUCACGAUUCAGGGGCAGUAUGCCAUCCCUCAUCCAGACGUGAGUCCAGCGCAUUUGACCAAGCUUCACCAGUUGGCUAUGCAGCAUCCCCCCUUUACUCCCCUUGGGCAGACCACCCCUGGUUUCCCUGGACUGGAUGCCACUACUCCAACCAGUUCCCAUGAACUUACUAUUCCCAAUGAUUUAAUAGGCUGCAUUAUUGGCAGACAAGGCAGUAAGAUAAAUGAAAUCAGGCAGAUGUCAGGAGCGCAGAUCAAGAUUGCUAAUGCCACAGAAGGCUCCGCAGAACGACAAGUUACAAUCACAGGAUCCCCUGCAAACAUCAGCUUAGCACAGUACCUCAUUAAUGCAAGGCUGUCUUCAGAAGUUACUGGCCUGGGGGCUCUGUAAUGUAUCUCAUCAUGCCCUAGUGCAUUAGCCACCAGACAGGACUUUUCCAAAGCCCCAUGAGACAAUGCUUUCUAUGGACUAAUCUACAGAGGAGUUUCUGCCAUUUCUAACUUUCUUAUUAUUCUGAGACAUCAAAAGAAAAUACUUCCUUUACUCUUUAAGCAACUGUGCUUCCUAACUCUUGUGUUGCUUUCAUUACUGUUCCAGUUUUAACACUGUUGUGGCUCAUAACAAAGCAAAGAAAAGUUAUUUUCGGGGGUUAAUUUUCAUUGAUGUUCAUGCUUUGGCUAAUCUGUAUAAAAGCAUGGGCCGUUAGUGUUCUAAACCACUGUAUUCAGCUAGAGACUCGACAGUAAAUUAAAUGAGACGUUUUUAUAAAUAAAUUUUUUUCCUGAUUUAAAAAAAAAAAAGACGUGGUAGCUUUGUGCAUACAACUGUUGUGUUGUUUAAACUUUGUUCUUUGUAACCAAGUUGCUAAUUUGUCAUUUGAGAAACACUAUUUUAUGGAUUGUCAAACUAAGAUCAUAGACAAAUUGCUUGUUUUCAUUAAUGAUUAAAGGUUUCAUAUCAUCA